CUCUCCCAGACCGGCGUCAUACCCGUGUGCGGCCAGCCGUCCUGAGCAUAAAUGUUUUAACGUCAUAGAGCUUCGAAACAGUCCGCGGUCGUCUCUACCAUGUGCAACAAGAAAACCUUUGAGAAGAUCUUCAGCCGCGCGUACAGUGCGCUGGCGCACGAAGACGUCUCGACAAUCUCUACAGUGCUUUUUUCCUGGCCUUCUGCUGUUGCGAUGGGCGGCAGCGUUAUCGCGGUGCCAGGAAAAAACAUUUUAGAGAUUGUCGAGACGUCUUCGUGCGCCAGCGCACUGUACGCGCGGCUGAAGAUCUUCUGACCCAGGCGUUCACCGCGCUGCAGCUCCGGUCCGUAAGCUGCAGCUGGCUAACGCUGUGGAGAACAGCAGCUGACGGACCGGAAGGUUGCUGAGAUGGAGAACAGGUUUAACGCUGUGGAGAACAAGGUGGAAGCGCUGAAGGGCGUGAACUGGCGUGAACACUCGCAGGGGAGCUGAGGGCAGCCACUGCACGCCUCCCUCCCCAGCCGCGUCCACCAUGCAUGGUAUUGCGGUAUUAUCUGCGUGCGUGUUGCGCGGCGGUGAUGUGUAUAUUGCGGUGUAUUGCGGGGACCCUCGGGGACGAUGGGGAUUGGGGACAGGGGCGUGCUGGGCGAUCCACGGUGGAACUUG